CCCCGGCCUGCCCACAGGGCUCGACGGCGAUGAGCCCCUUCGGCCAGUUCGCGCCGGAGACGCUGAUCGCCGGGGGCACCAGCGAGGACUGCCUGACCCUCAGCAUCUGGGCGCCCAACAACGGCAAGACCGACCUGCCGGUGCUCAUCUGGAUCUACGGCGGCGAGUUCACGUCGGGCGGCACCGACACGCCGGCCUGGAUCCCCUCGCAGUGGAUCCAGCGCUCGCAGGAGCACAUCGUGGUCAGCAUCCAGUACCGGCUGAACCUGUUCGGCUUCCCCGCGGCCCGCGGGCUGAGCGAGCAGAACCUGGGCAUCCUCGACCAGCGCGCGGCCGUCGAGUGGCUGCAGCAGAACAUCGCGCAGUUCGGGGGCGACCCGGACCAGAUGGUGCUCUGGGGCCAGAGCGCCGGCGCCGGCAGCGUCGACAUCCUGAACUUCGCCUACCCGGACGACCCCAUCGUCCAGGGCUUCGCCGCCGACUCGGGCUCCGUCUUCCUGACCGUCUCGACGCGCUCCACCGACGUCGCCGGCACCAACUUCAGCACCGUCGCCGACAACUUCAACUGCACCGGCUCGGCCGCGCACGAGCUGGCCUGCCUGCGCCAGGUGUCCGCCACCGACCUGACCGACUUCCUCGGCGCCGGCGGCAUGAGCCUGACCUUCGCCCCCUUCAUCGACGACAAGGUGGUCUUCAACAACUACACGGCCCGCUACCUGGGCGGCCACCUCAGCAGCAAGCCCGCCCUGUUCGGCUCCAACCUGAACGAGGGCACCAUCCUGGCCGGGGGCCAGGACGACGCCAUGGCCGAGGCCAUCACGCUGUCCGGGUUCCAGUGCCCCGUGCCCUACUCGACGCGCUACCGCCAGUCGCUGGGCCUGACGACGUACCGCUACCAGUACCGUGGCAACUUCACCAACAUCUCCCCGUCGCCCGGCCUGGGCGCCUACCACACCUCCGAGCUGCCCAUGAUCUUCGGCACCUCCACCAUCUUCGGCGCCGACACCAAGUUCGAGACCGCCGUCAGCGAGAAGAUGCAGGACCUGUGGCUGGCCUUCGCCAAGGACCCCGCCAGUGGCCUGCAGGAGCAGGGCUGGCCCAAGUCCACCAGCAACGAGUUCCUGAUGCUGGCCAGCAGCAACAAGACCCAGGUCUCGGCCCUGUUGGCCGACGACACCAUCGACGACGAGUGCACCAGCUACUACUCCAGCUACCUGGUCUAACGUGUUUUCCACACACCCUGUACAUAGCAAGCAAUUCUGGAG